GUUGUCUGAGCCCAAGCAGGUUUGAAACUGGGGUUCGGGCCCGGCGGCUGUCGUUGUCUGUGGCCGAGGCCCCGCUUCCGGGCUAGGCCGUCCCUACCCGCCUCGGCCCCGCCUCUCUUCGGACCCCUGGGUCCCAGACUCGGCUUCCCGCCUGACUCGCGCCCCGCCCGCCGCAUCCCGCUGUCGACCCGGCCCGCACUGCGGCCCCGCCGCAGCCACCAUGUCCCUGCACGGCAAACGGAAGGAGAUCUACAAGUAUGAAGCGCCCUGGACCGUCUACGCCAUGAACUGGAGUGUGCGGCCUGACAAGCGCUUUCGCCUGGCGCUGGGCAGCUUCGUGGAGGAGUACAACAACAAGGUUCAGCUUGUUGGUUUAGAUGAAGAGAGUUCAGAGUUUAUUUGCCGAAACACCUUUGACCAUCCGUACCCCACCACAAAGCUCAUGUGGAUCCCUGACACAAAAGGCGUCUAUCCAGACCUACUGGCAACAAGUGGUGACUAUCUCCGUGUGUGGAGGGUGGGUGAGACAGAGACCAGGCUGGAAUGUUUGCUAAACAAUAACAAGAACUCUGACUUCUGUGCGCCUCUGACCUCCUUCGACUGGAAUGAGGUGGAUCCCUAUCUUUUAGGUACCUCCAGCAUUGAUACGACUUGUACCAUCUGGGGGCUGGAGACAGGGCAGGUGUUGGGGCGAGUGAAUCUUGUGUCUGGCCACGUGAAGACUCAACUCAUUGCCCAUGAUAAAGAGGUCUAUGAUAUCGCAUUUAGCCGGGCUGGCGGUGGCAGGGACAUGUUUGCUUCUGUGGGCGCUGAUGGCUCGGUGCGGAUGUUUGACCUCCGCCAUCUAGAACAUAGCACCAUCAUUUAUGAAGACCCACAGCAUCACCCGCUGCUUCGCCUCUGCUGGAACAAGCAGGACCCUAACUACCUGGCCACCAUGGCCAUGGAUGGAAUGGAGGUAGUGAUUCUGGAUGUCCGAGUUCCGUGCACCCCUGUCGCAAGGUUAAACAACCACCGAGCAUGCGUCAAUGGCAUUGCUUGGGCCCCACAUUCAUCCUGCCACAUCUGCACUGCAGCGGAUGACCAUCAGGCUCUCAUCUGGGACAUCCAGCAAAUGCCCCGGGCCAUUGAGGACCCUAUCCUGGCCUACACAGCCGAGGGAGAGAUCAACAAUGUGCAAUGGGCAUCGACUCAGCCUGACUGGAUUGCCAUCUGCUACAACAACUGCCUGGAGAUACUCCGAGUGUAGUGCUGGAGGCGCCAUGCCCACAUGGCAGGGGCUUACAUGUUUCCCGCCUCUGCCCCACCCCAAAGUAAGAAGAAACAUGUUUCCAGUGGCCAGUGUGUCUUUCAUUGCUUUGCACCCACUGUUACCAGAAGCUGCUCUAGGAGUUCCUGGCCAGUCACCCCAUUGUUCUCCGUGCCAGACUCACUGCUGUAUGGCGCCUCCUCAGCCCAGGGCUGAGUUUUAAGAUUUUCUCUCCUUUCCUCUUCUUCUUUAGUUCCUCAAUUAAAAGUUUCUGUAUAUUUGUUUGUCAGCUGUUGUGUUAAUGAGCAUUACAGGCACUGGCUGUGUUUGUAUUCAUCUGCCCCAGAUGUCUCCGUCUGUCUGUUGCCCAAGGCAGCAAUUGUGUCCAUGUCCAUGUUAGCACUUAAGUGGGAACAAGUACCAGUUUCGAGUUGUCUUUCCUCCUAUUAUCAAUGUCUGUAACAAAUUUCAACUUUGUAUAUUUUUUAUCUAUCAGGCUAAUUUUUUUAUGAAAAGAAUUUUACUCCCUGGCUUGUCCUUUGUUUCAUAGUCCACCCUAUUAGCACUUCCUCUCUUCCCUCAGUGCCUGGACCUGGCGCUAGGCCCUUGACCCCGUGAGCAGUUUGCCUUCUUGCAUCACUGCCUGAGCAGAACGGACCUGACCGGGAGUCCCAAACCGCCUUGGUGCUCUGAAGUAGGCCAGCUCUCAUACCUUUUCUCAGUCUGGCUCUUCUCAAGGGCAUUCUGGGCUCCAAAACAGACGUGUGAAGCCUUCUGUUAUUCCCUGCAGUACCUCUGUUCAACCCCACUGGGACCUAUUGGGAACAUGCUGGGGUAGAGAUCGGCUGACUGGAGUGCCUGACUUGAGGGGAAUAGUGUCAGGAAAGCUGAGCCUAGAGCAUAUUUCGAGUACAUAGUUUGGGAGACUGUUUUUCCCUCCAAAUAAAAGCCCCAGGCCAUUCUCUUUCAUGUCUCGAUUGAUAGGCAAGAAUGAUCUAUAAGCUGAACUUUGGUAUCCCUGUUUAGUGGUGUAUCAGCCCCCUUUGGAUUGAGUGCUCUGAGGUGAGCAACUCUGGCUUGAGAGGCACACGAUCUGCGUGUCUAACCCUGAACAAGAUUUCCUCUGGAGUGAGGGAGACUGUCGACUCUUGGAGGAACUAAGAGGCUGUCCUGAUUUCAGGCCAUCAAAUAAUUAGAUAGCUACAAAAAGAAUCAGAGACCCCAGGGUCAGCCAGACCACUAUUGUACUUGCAGGCUACAGGGGUCUGUUUCCGUUACAUGAAUGAGUUCCAUGGAGGGGGUUGUGUGACUCUGGUGGUAGGCUGAGUUUGGGACAUGCUCAGAGUCCGGGCGGAGUCUGCCGGGUUUAUUGCGCCCUGCCAAGAGGUGGAAGGUUUCUGAGUCACUCUGAGGGUAGCAGAGUAGCAGACCUUAAGGCUGAUGGUUUUGUCCGCUUAGGCUCUCACCUGUUCUUGGGAAGCAAAACCUUUUUACUUUUUUAUUCUGGUUUUGGGGCUCUUUGGCUGGUCAUCUGCUUGAGGCUCCCUCUCCUGCAUUUAUAACCAGAUAUGCAGUGUGUCAUUUGGAGAUGUAAAGUGAGCUGUUCUUGGUCAGAGCCCUUCUCUGCUUGUAGUUGUAUUUGAUGGUUCCAGGGUCCUUCUCUCAAAGGUAGCAACUCUAAGUUGAUGGUUUGCCCUAGGAGGCCGUCAGUUCCUUCCUGUGGAAAAGGGUCUGAAAUGGAGGUCAGAAGGGUAAAGGGAGCUGGUCCUGCUGAGGCAGGGCUUAAAUUUAAGAUUCCUUUCCUGAUCUUCACUUAGACCUGGUCUGAAUGGUGAGAUUUGUCGACUAGAACUCGAAAACAACCUGGAGAAAAAAAUUAGUUUAUAGUAAUUAGAAUAUAUUUGGAUAAAGUUUCUAUUUAUUCUGGAAACCUACAACUUUGGAUUUUUUCCCCCUUGCCCUGAGGACUCCUAGCCCUAUCACCAUUUUUAGGCCCCGCAGUGCAGUCCUUCUCCUGACACCCCACCUGGGGCCCAGGUGAGACUCCCAGUCUCCCUGAGCAAACACACACACUCACCGUUGCUGGGAUGCUGGUAUUUGUAAGUCCCGUUCUUACCUUCUCUUUAUACCACAGGCCAAAUGGCCUUAUGACUGAGGAGGGGAUUUCUGUAGUCUAGGGACUGAGAAAACCUCUUAGCCAGCUAUGUUCCAGGAAGCAAGAUCUGUUGUAGUUUCAAGAGCAAGUUCUGUUUAGUUUGUUUAGGUUCUCAGAAUGCUCAGAUGCUCUGGAUCUGUUCUGGAUCUGUUCUGGAUCUCUGAGUGAACAGAGAGCUGCCACAGCACACUUCUGGGCUCUUGCUCUGGUGGCCCUUUGACUCGUUCUUGGCCCCUGAACCAAAACAUAUUCUUGUUUUUCUUGUCUGCUCUGAGGAGAAGGGGAGGAAGGCGCUGAAUAAAUUAGGCCUCAGGCUCCACAUCAGAGAACUGAUGAAUGGGUACAAGUCCUUCAAGAGCUUGAGUGUUUAUGCUUAGAAGAGUUGGGAGCCUCUCCUUCCAGGGAGGAAUUGGGCUAAAAGAUGAGGACUUAAAGAGAGAAGAUAUUGAUAACUAGGUGAGAAUUUCUUACCAGAACCAGGACUGGUUCUCAGAGAACUGGUUAAGAUUUGGGAAGAAACAGAAAAGAUUGAGAUUUCUACAAGGUUUUGAUGAUAGUUGUGGCUGAAAUUUUAGAAGGCGAUUUAGGAUGUGGGAGAAAAACAAAUGGUAAGUGUUGCUUUAGAUCAAAGGAGAAAGUAUUAGAGGGCAGUAAUGGCCUGAGGUGGGGAGGUAUUCAGACUGUCUGCUGUGUGGAGGUAGACUGAGACUGUGUCAGGGACCAUUCAUCAGUGUCUGUGAUGCUGGGUAACUGAGGGGACAGGAUGACAGCUCAGGGCAGAGGAGCCCCCCUGUGGCAGUACAGAAAUCUUCAGGUCUUGGGAGUUCUGUGAUUGCUCCAGACUGUGGCUCUUCUUGGUUGUGGGUUUGUAGAGAGCCGAUGAAGCAGAGGUUGUAAACAGUCAUGUUGACUUUCCCCACCCCUGCCUUUUCUCUUCCCACUCCCUUUCCACUUGUAGAACUUUUUCCCUGCUGCAACCUGGGCCUUGAAUUCCUACGCUGUAAGAAUAUGUAGGAGCUGCAAGGUUUUCCAAACAUGGGAGGGCCAGCCCAGUACCUUCUCUCCACCUUCCCCAGUUUAGAAAUAUGGCAGUUCCUUCAACUGCCUGGCUUGGGGUAAGGCAGACCAUUGAAGUAGCAGUCUCAAAAGCAGACUCUCCCCUUUACUCUCUGCACUCCAGGAUAAGGAGGGAGGGUCACGCUUGGCACUUCAGUUAGGUUUUCCUAGGAGGAAAGCUGAAAUUGGGGCCAGGCUCUCUAAGAAUUACCUUUUCUGUACUGGCUGAACCAACUACUGAGAAAGUCUCGUGUUGCAGAGCUUUGCCCACCUCCCCCACCUGUACCUCUUCUCCCACAGUCGUCAUUGCUGCUAAUGGUCAAAGGCAAAUGUAUAGGCCAGGUCCUCUCAGGCUAUUUUCUGGGUGUUAUUUUUUAAAUAGGACAUGCAGGUGCCUUUCCAAAGAGGCUUGGACUGGUGUAUCAAACCAGAAACAAAUAAGCUCAUGAAAGUAUGAACUCAAGAAGAAAGAUGUUGGCAGUCUGUGUAACAGCUGGAAAACUUAUAAGUACCCACUUAUGGGACAAGUAAGUGAACAUGAACUUGUGAUAUCUGCUAUUUAAAAGAAAUGUUCUCACCUUGGGUUGAUUGUGGUGUACAGUAUGUUAUGAAACUUGUUGAGCUAAAGCUUUGACUUGUUUGAGUCGAAUAUGAAUCAUUUGCUUUGGUUCCUGUGUAUUUUAUGAUCCCCCUGUCAGUGACUUUCCAUCCCUCCUCCCCCUAGUGUGAAUUUGUAGCAUGAUUGUACAAACCUCUAUGUAGAAAAUGGAGAUUUCAUGUUCUCUGAAAUGUUAAGCUCUAGCCGAUCAAUCUCUGUCCCCUUUAGCCUAGUGUAUCUGAACUUGUUAUAUAUUUAAACUUUUCCUCUAUAGUAUGGAUUUCGUGGCAUCCUAUGGUCAGGUGAAGAGGAAGCUGCACCUUGCAGAACUGUACUGUAACUAUAUUUCUUUUUAAGAUAUUAUUUUCACAGGACUGAUUGUACACAGGGCUUAUAAUAAAAUUUUAACACUGUGCUGUGAAACCACAAUGGUAAAUCCCCAUUGACGGAUAUCUCAAAGGCACCUAAAAGUGGAGUGUUAUGUCUAUGACUUUAUUUCUUGCUUCCUGAGUAUAUUAAACCUAAUUUUUGCCCUUUCAUUCUGUUUCAGCCUCCUGUAUAAGACCGUAUUUUCUCCCCAUCAUACUUUGUAAUAAAACUUGAA